AUAUACAGAGUACCACUUGACAGGCAAUUGAUUACCGGGGUCCCUGGUGGCGGAAGCAAUAAUUGGAGUCUCCCCAAACUGUCAUCCUCAUGCGGGAUGGUUAUGGAAAAGGUGAGCUUCAACUGGUUCCAAAAUUUGAAAGGAAAGGGGAAGACAUUUUGGAUGGUGGUAGCACGUAUUAUUUGGAUUUUGACGUGCAUCCUAUUAAGCCAUGGAUAAUAUUCACACCUGACAGCAAGUCAGUGCAAGUGUGGAACUACGAGGACGGAACACGGGUCGCCUCUUGGGUGAUCCCUGACGUGACAGAUGCCCGUGAAGUAGCAUUCAUCGCGCAGAAAGACUGGAUUCUGGUGAGGCGACCGAAAAGCUUUGAGGUGUAUGAAACGCAAGGGUCCAACUUGCGGUGUAUAAAGGUGCUAACCACAGAAACUGGUGAGAAGGAAGCCAACGACAUGGCAAUCCAUCCGACCUUGCCUUGUUUAUUGGCUAGUUUUCAAGGUCAGAACAAUAUUUUCAUGUGGCGGUGGCACCCUGAAUGGGAAAAGGUAACAUUUGAAGGAUAUUCCACUCGAGUAUUACCAGUGGUGUUUCAUCCAACGGAGCCACAGAUCCUUGCAGGCGCAGAUGUAAAUGAAAUCAAGGGAGAGUUCCAUGUAGUUCAAGCAACUUAUUCUCUAAUGGAGUUUACGAAGAAGAUUGAGCAAGUGCACCAGAGGGUUGAGAAGCUGGAGAAAGAGGCGCAAACAAUGGCAGGGAGGUUGGAAGAGUCAAAACAGAAGAUUCAAGAGGUGGAGAGCAAAUUGCAAGAAGAGACCACCAAGUCCAAGGCGCUUUUCGCAGAUAAGAUCUCUCAGCUUGCGUCUGACAGACAAAGACAAGCAGAGGAAGACGCCAAGUCCAGAGCACAUGUAGAGCAUAGAGUCUCUAUGCUGGAGUCUGAGAGAGACAUCCUCGCUGAGAAAGUUAGGGAAUUGGAGCAGAGAUUACAACUGUUACAAGAGGUUGCUACAGAGAAUUUUGAUGCGAAGUGGAAGCUUGAACAUGGGGAUCAACACGAACGUGUCUAUCACGGGAAACUGAAUGAUGACACUCUUGUUAUGGUGAAGAAGGUCAUAUUGGAUGCAAGUAUGCAGGGGAUCCAUCAUGACACGUUGAAGUCAAAGGUGGUCGAUAGGUUGAGAUUGCUUCGACAUCCUCAUAUCUUGGCACUGCUUGGUGUCUGUUAUGAAGAGAGCUGUCUGGUUUACGAGUAUAUGACACGAGGAACCGUGAAGGAUUGGAUCUCAUCUGCUAGACAAAGCACAUGGUAUGCUCUAAUGGCAGAGGUUGCAAGAGGAUUGUGCUUCCUCCAUUCAGAUCCGUUGGGGACCGGUGGUCCCAUCAUCCACUCUGCCAUCAGACCAGCAACCAUCUUUCUGAAUGACAGAUUUGUCGCAAAGCUCUGUGGUGUUGACAGUGCACUGCUUAACUCAGAGCCUCCCGAAGGACUCGUGAAAACACUUAACAGGACCUCCCAGCUUUUCGCACAACAAAACUCUCACUAUAUCGCUCAGGAUUACUGGCAGUCCCGAGUUUUCAGUGAGAAGACCGAUGUCUUUGCCUUUGGCAUCACUCUUUUGGAGAUGCUGACUGGAAAUUUCACAAAUGCGUUUGAAGUCAUUGAGGAUGCCAUUGAAGAUGACAAUGCUUUUGAGAAUGCUCUGGAUCCCAGUGCAGGCUGUUGGAAUAUUGACCUGGCUCGUAGAGUGGCACUUUUGGGUUUGUGUUGCACCAGCUACAACAGACGGAAGCGGCCGGACAUGGCAGCACCCCACACGGGCAUUCUAGCUAUACUGGAGGGAGCUGCAGGCAAGGUAGAGCUUGCAGCGUCCAUGGGGAGCGAGACGCAGGUGACUGUGUCUGAGGAACCAUCUGGGGUGGAUGAAGAGGAUGAGCUGACGGAGGAGGAGAGGCUGUAUGUGGAGAGGAAGGUGGAGGAGGCGGCCAGGGUCAAGGAGAAGCAGAGAGCUGUCAAGAAGAAAAAGGCAGCGGGAGAAUCUAGGAACGCUUUUCUCCCGUAUGCGUCAUCUAGGUGGGUUGAGGGGAUGUCGACGGCUUUCGCGGGAAAGAUCUGGAUGUUCGAAACGUAUAAUCACCUAGCCCCCCUGGAUAAUAGAGCAUACAGACUGUUGGGGGCCCUGACCCAGGAGAAAAUGAAGGACUGUUUGGAGAGGGCUAUGGAGAUGGAUGUUGCACCUCCAGGGGUUGCGUUCCCCUUCAAUGGGGAGGGGGUGUAUAUUCCCCCUAUGAACGUCAUGAACUCCUCGAAGUGCCCCUCACUCAACCCGCAGGUCUUGAUUAGGUCCUCUAAGCCACCACAGAAUCCCAAUGCGCUUUCGGAACUGAAGCGCAUAUGGAACUACGGUAGACCUUAUAUUAAGUGCAGAUGCACUGCGGAUGGCAGAGAGGACUGUGGGAAUGGCCCGGCCUGGUUCGAUCACCUCUUGUGGUAUCUUCUGUACAAUCUGGAUAUAAUGUAUCCAAAUGCCCCCACCUCGAAAGCCAAAGUGUCAUCAUUAAUGCAAUGCCUGGCGGGCUCGUGGAAACCACUGAUUCUAGCGUCAGUAUCGUUUUCAUGCAUCAGGGAAGUCAUGAUGCUUCUCGCGAAGAGGGUAAUUGCCAACCCAACGUUGACAACCGAGUCUAUCCUGACAGGAGUCGGUAGGUCGGACAGGAAAGCAUUCAAGGAGUGCGCAAAGGCUCUCCUCCCCACCAGGUUCUGCACUUGGGCCGAGUCGAUGGGUGAGCUUCAACUGGUUCCAAAAUUUGAAAGGAAAGGGGAAGACAUUUUGGAUGGUGGUAGCACGUAUUAUUUGUAUAUUGACGAGCAUCCGAUUAAGCCAUGGAUCAUAUUCUCACCUAACGGCAACUCAGUGCAAGUGUGGAACUCUGAGGACGGAACACGGGUCGCCUCUUGGGUGAUCCCUGACGUGACAGAUGCCCGUGAAGCUGUAUUCAUCGCGCAGAAAGACUGGAUUCUGGUGAGGCGACCGAAAAGCUUUGAGGUGUAUGAAACGCAAGGGUCCAACUUGCGGUGUAUAAAGGUGCUAACCACAGAAACUGGUGACAAGAUGGCCUAUCGAAUGGCAAUCCAUCCGACCUUACCUUGUUUAUUGGCUAGUUUCGAAGGUCAGAAAAAUAUUUUUAUGUGGCGGUGGCACCCUGAAUGGGAGAAGGUAACAUUUGAAGGAUAUUCCACUAUGGUAGUGCCAGUGGUGUUUCAUCCAACGGAGCAACAGAUCCUAGCAGGCGCAGACCAUAAUGAAAUCAAGGUAUGGAACUUGGAAAACAGGUCUGUUGUCCAAACCCUGAAGGACAGCGGCAAGGGGUGUGUAUUUCGACUGGAAUUUGGCACCGGGCUCCAAAAGUCUCUUCUGAUCUCAUCACGCAAGCGAGAAGGGAGUGUCGGGGUCUGGGACUACGAGAGGGGAGUCUGCAUACUGAAAUGGGARGCGCACAAGCAAGGAGUACGAUCAGYCUUUUUCCAUCCACGCUUGCCAUAUAUCUUCACUGCAGCAAGUGAURGAGAAAUAAAAGUGUGGAGUAACUCGCACUACCAGCAAGUCCUAUCCUACAAUUGUCCAUGGAAUGGGGAGGUUUGGAGGAUGCGUCCAUGUAGGGACUCUAACUUGCUUGUUCUUGGCGGAGUGGGAGAGUUCCGUGUAGUUCAAGUAAGUUAUACUCUGAUGGAGUUAACGAAGAAGAUUGAGCAAGUGCUCGAAGAAUUGAAUGCAGGGCGCCGGAGGGUUGAGAAGCUGGAGAGUGAGGCGCAAACAAUGGCAGGGAGGCUGGAAGAGUCAAAACAGAAAAUUCAACAGGUGGAGAGCAAAUUGCAGGAAGAGACAAAGUCCAAGGCGCUUUUAGCAGAUAAGAUCUUUCAGCUUGCGUCUGACAGACAAAGACAAGCAGAGGAAGACGCCAAGUCCAGAGCACAUGUAGAGCAUAGAGUGUCUAUUCUGGAGUCUGGGAGAGACAUCCUCGCCGAGAAAGUUAGGGAAUUAUUGGAGCAGAGAUUACAAUUGUUACAAGAGGUUGGUGAUGCACAGACAACGUGCGUUCCAUUGCUCCAAGAGUUUUCAGGCGAGGAACUUCAGGUUGCUACAGAGAAUUUUAAUGCAAAGUGGAAGCUUGAACAUGGGGAUCAACACGAACGUGUCUAUCGGGGAAAACUGAAUGAUGACACCCUUGUUAUGGUGAAGAAGGUGAUGUUAGAUGCAAGUAUGCAGGGGAUCCAUCAUGACACGUUGAAGUCAAAGGUGGUCGAUAGGUUGAGAUUGCUUCGACAUCCUCAUAUCUUGACCCUGCUUGGUGUCUGUUAUGAAGAGAGCUGUCUAGUUUACCAGUAUAUGGCACGAGGAACUGUGAAGGAUUGGAUCUCGUCUGCUAGACAGAGCACAUGGUAUGCUCGCUUCCGCGUAAUGGCAGAGGUUGCAAGAGGAUUGUGCUUCCUGCAUUCAGAUCCGCUUGGGACUGGUGGUCCCAUCAUCCACUGUGCCGUCAGACCAACAACCAUCCUUCUGGAUGACAGAUGUGUUGCAAAGCUCGGUGGUGUUGAUCGCGCGCUGCUUGACUCAGAGCCUCCCGAAGGAGUUGAGAAAACACACAGGACCUCACAGCUUUUCGCACAACAGAACUCUCACUAUAUCGCUCAGGAGUACUGGCAGUCCCGAGCUUUCAGUGAGAAGACCGAUGUCUUUGCCUUUGGCAUCACCCUUUUGGAGAUGCUGACUGGAAAUUUCACAAAUGCAUUUGAAGUCAUUGAGGAUGCCAUUGAAGAUGACGAUGCUUUUGAGAAUGCUCUGGAUCCCAGUGCAGGCUGUUGGGAUAUUGAUCUGGCUCGUAGAGUGGCAAGUUUGGGUUUGCGUUGCGCCAGCUACAACAGACGGAAGCGGCCGGACAUGGCAGCACCCAACACGGGCAUUCUAGCUAUACUGGAAGGAGUUGCAGGCAAGGUAGAGCUUGCAGCGUCCAUGGGGAACGAGUAGAAUGUUUGGGUGACCGGUGUGUUUGUCAGAAACAUAUUAGUUGCAGGCCUAGUGACUAUACAGCCAGUGGAGGUCACCGUAAAGUACUUGUUGAAUUGAUGCCUCAGUUAUGCAAGUUUGGCAUCCUGUUGCUCAUUUUUUUUGUAAUCAACCUUUUCUUAACAUCCUGACACAGCCAUAGUUGUUUCUUCUUCUUCUUCCCCCCCAGACCUCUUCCUGGCAGACAAUGGCUGCGUAGAGGAGACACAAAUGGUGCCAGCAAGUAAGGAAGGUGACUCGACCAUGAGGAGCAGUUUUCAGUACUUUUCCCCCCCCCCAAACCAGGUAGCCACCUCCAGUUAUUAUCUGCUAAAUAACCGGCCUCGUGUUAUUCAGACUUAGUAUUUUGAUAAAGCUGGGCCUACCGG